AUGGCUUUCACCAUUGACAACAAGCAACUGCUUUUAUCAAUGAUGUUGCUUUAUGUCUGUGUUUAUGGCUUCCGUUUAGGGAGAGCACAAACAGGAAUUGCAGGAACUGGGAUUGGAUAUAUACCUCAGCCAGGUAGUGGCGCUGGUGGUGCUGGCGGAUUUGGAGGCAGUGGCGGUGGCGGUGGGUUUGGGAAUGGUGGUGGCAGUGGUGGUGGUGGGUUUGGAAGUGGCGGCGGCAGUGGCUUUGGGAAUGGUGUUGGCGGUGGAUUUGGAGGAAUCGGUGGUGGAUCAAUUGCUAAAGCACUGAUUUACAGUGGUUGUGGGGAGUCCUAUAGGUUGACAGAGAGUGGUGACCUUCACAUUCCGUCUGAAUAUACAGAUCAAUACUGUGGCGGCGUGUGCCUCAAAGAGACAGAACAGGCGCUAAACUGCAUCAAUGAUGUACUGUCAAGUUUCCUCUUCUAUAAUCGUGCUACCGUAAGGAAUGUGCAGGACACCAUCAAUACCGGAUGCAGCUAUGGACCUACACGAGGUAUUUUCAAUGUGGCUGAGCAUAUUCAGACAUAUGGAAGCAAUACAUACAAGCUUUCAUACUCUAUUCUUUUUGGUCUAGUACCUUUGAUCUCAAUUUGUAUUCUAUUGUGUUUAUGA